AUGCCAUCCAUCAUGAGCACCGAGGCAACACCGCUCAUCAUCCGCGAGGUGGGCGGCCAUGGAGCCUGGACCCGGAAGCUGUUCAGCCUGGAGCAUCGGGUCCUGCUCGCCGGGUUCCUGAUCACGCUCUCGUUCAGCUACACGCAGGUCUCUCUGCUGUACGUGUUCCAUCUCAUGGAAUGCGAUGCCUUUUACGACGAGAACCCUCCGUACCAAGGGCCGGGAGAUGAAUGCAACAGGAACGAGAUUGCGGCGGGGACAGCGACGCAGUUUAGUAUUCUGGGCAUGAGCACGACGUUAUGCGGAACGCUAAACUUGCUCAUCGCGGGUUGGGUUUGCAAGAGAGUCGGGCCCAGGCUCGCGCUCAUGAUGCAGACGCUCGUGCCGGCCGUUCGGGUCGCGACGCAGAUUCUCGGCGUCGUCGCGGGGAAGAGGACGGGCAUGAUGAUUAUCCAGUGCACGCAGGUGAUUACGAUUCUGGGCGGGCCGGCAGGCUACAUUCUGGUGGUCAACAUCAUCGCGGGCGAGGUUGUCGAGCCCGUCAGGAGAACAGCCGUGUUUGGAAGGCUUCAGGGGGCCAUCAUGCUUGGGCAGGGAAUCGGGUACCUGGCCGGCGGCAUGAUAGGCGACGCCAUCGACAUCCGGGCGCCCUUUGACGUGGCGUGCAUUUCGUUUCUCGUCUCGUGCGCAUACGCCUACCUCUUCCUCCCGUACAUAUCACCAGAUUCCAUGUCCAGCGCAGCCAAACCCGGCCAGAAGCACGGCUUCCUCGCGCCGCUGACAGUCCUGGUUCCUCAGCGCCUUUGCCAUCCCAGCGGAAAGACUGGCCGCCAUUUCGGCGUGAUUGCUCUCUGUGCUGGUAUUUUUCUCGGCGUGCUCGCGACGGGGUACGCACCGUUCCUCAUCCAAAUGUACGCCACUGCGGAAUUCGACUUCAGCCAAGCCGACAACGGGUGGCUGAUGUUCGCAUUCGCCCUAAUGCGGAGCAUAUUCCUGCUCUUCAUGUUUCCGCCCAUCAUAUCAAAGGGCAGACAGUGGAUGGCCGCACGGGCAAGCAGUCACGCAAGGCAACUCGACGAAGGCGAACGCGACGAAGCAGAACGCGAGCCAGGCACUCCCCCAUGCGCAAGCCGUGAGGUCAGCCGCGCAGCCUGCAGGUUUGACCUCGUCUUUCUGAGAUGGAGUCUAGUCGUGGACGGGGCGCUCACCACUGCCGCGGCGUUUGCCACCAAGGGAUGGCACAUGUAUAUCGCCGCGUUUCUCCUGCCCUUUGGCUCGGGUUCGGCGCCCGCCGCCAGGGGCGUCAUGACGGAGAUGUGCGCCGACUCCCGACGAGCUGACGCUCUGAACGCCGUGACGCUGGUGGAGAAUGUCGCGAGGUUGGCUACGCAGGGGCUGUUCGGGUUUGCGUUUGCUGCGUUUGCUGAGGCGGGCCGGGCAUACCUGACGUUUUUCUGCAACGCUGCGAUUGCCGUGGUUGGCAUGAUGGUGCUUUUGCUGUCCGACUUUCCCCCUGAGGGGAGCGAACUUGUCGAUCCGCAGCGGCCUGAGGAGACGGGAACCGGCGCCACGGGCUACAUUGGCGGGCAGGUCCUCUGCGAGCUCCUGCGCAGCCGAGCGCAAUACUCCAUCAGCAUACUAGUGCCGGAUGCCAGCAAGGCCUCCGUCAUACAGAAGCUUAUUCCUAGCGUUCGCAUCGUCAUUGGGACCCUGGACGACAGCGAGCUCCUAGCCACCGAGGCUGCCAACGCCUCCAUUGUGCUUCACCUGGCCGCCACCGCGCAUCUUCCCAGCGUCAAGGCCAUCCACAGGGGCCUCUCCGAGGCGCCUCCCACGGAGAUCCCGUCAGACCGACCCAGCAGCCACGAUGCGGCGGAUGAGGUGAGCGGCGAGGAAAUCGAUGCUCAUGUGCCCCAUGGCAAGGUGCUCUUGGGGACGAAUGCCAGGGGCGGAGCCGCGAGAGCGCGGAGGCUGUUGGGGUGGGAACCGAGGCAUUGCUCGCUGGAAGAGGACAUUCCGAGGGUUGUUGCGCAGGAGCACGGCUUGAUGGAGAGCUGCACCGGUUGA